CUCAAGCUCAGAUAAAAGGAAGACAGUUUAAAGCAGUUACCUGACGUUUACAGUUUUAGAUUUUGUUCCUGAAAACAUCAGCAUUCUUGGAUUUUUAACAGCUGAAGUUUGAACUGGAUGAAGAGAAAAUGACUGCAAUGACUGAGUCGCUUUGCUGCACUUUGCUGCUUUUUGUCUGCGUGUUUGCAGAUAAGAAAAACAUCACAGCUGAGUCUGGACAGAACGUCACUCUGACAUGUCGAGCUCCAAAUGAGAACAAAACCAACACAGUAGUAGAGUGGAGCAGACCUGAUCUAAAUCAAACAUAUGUCCUUUUGUACCGGGAUGGGCACUUUGAUCCAGCCAAGCAGCAUCCAUCAUUUAAGAACCGGGUGGAUCUGCAGGACAGACAGAUGAAGGAUGGAGAUGUGUCUCUGAUUCUGAAGAAUGUGACGAUUAAUGACACUGGAACAUAUGAGUGUCGUGUCAGUGGAGAAAAUGAGUUAAAGAACAAAGCUAAUCUAAGUGGUGACCCCAUCAACAUCAUCUACCUGAGUGUUGUUGAUCCUCCAGGAAGCGUCAGCAUGGGAGAGAAGAUAACUGCACCAUUUAGACUCAUCAUCACUCUGUCAGUUUUUGCUGUGCUUCAUGUUGGUGGGUUUUGACCUACAGAAACAUGAAGACAAACAGACUCACCUGAAACAGCCUGUCUGAAAUUUCUCCGUUUUUGUUUCUUUGUUGUUGUUUUUUUUUUUUAACACUAUGAAUGUCCAGCUUAACGUUCAUUACUCUGUGUUUUGUGACAAACUUUAAGGUAACCUGUAUGUCACAUUUUGUUUUUACUGAGUACUAAGAACAACAGUUAAUCAAACUGAAUAAUGCUGUGAGAAGUAUUGUUUUUUCCGAAUGUUUUAUCUGACGUUUGCUUUGUUCUGAAGGCCUGGGCCUGGUUUCAUCCUGAUAAAAAAUAUUUUUUCUUUUUUUGUUUGUUUUUGUUAUUUCUUCUUGUAGGAUCUUGUAAUCCUGCUGACUUCUGUCCUACUUGUUCAAAAAAGAAGCUGGAUAGGAUCACACUGAACCACUAACAGACAGCAGGGGUGUCAAAGACGAGGCCUCCGGGCCAGGAUAGACUCCAAUGCUGUCUGCUGGACAGCUUUGGAAAAUAUGAAUGAUGGUAGAAUUUUUUGACUUAACUCUAUUUUCCAAAGUCUAAGGAGCUUGGAAAGAAAAGCGUCUGGACUUCUUUAAGUUGCUUGAAGACGUUUCACCUCUCAUCCGAGAGGCUUCUUCAGUCUCAGGGUGGAGAGUCCCAGAUCUAUUUGCAAAACUUUUACAGUUAGAAAGAGCUCCCGCAUUGCCAUUCAUACAACACCAAAAUAGUUAAGAAAUAAAUAAUGACAUCACAGAACAGUUCCUGUUUUUUACUGUCUACUGUACAUAAAACAACAAAAUGAUCAAUCCACAAAAUCUUCAUUUAUUCAUGAGUGUGUAACAGCUACUAGAAUUGUUUUUUCUGUAAUUUCACACAUUAACAUGUAGAAAAACUCA